AUGGCUACAGCACUGGCCUCACAGCUGGCCCAGAUUCGCGCCAAGUCUACCAAUCCACUCGACCUCAAAGCUCAAAAGAAAGCACAUUCGCGGUCCCUUCUCUACGAACCUGGUGUCGCCGCAACCCAGGACUUCGAUUCGUUGUACCAGAUAUGCUACGAGGGCUUCCAGGAACUCUGCCUUUUGGACUCGAGGUUCGCCGGCUUUGCCAAUAAUCUUUUCAGCGAACAGAGCAAGCAGGAAGAGCGAACGCAGAUGACUGCUGCCCAAAACCAACAGCUUGAUGUUGUCCUUGAGGAGUUCUUACAUCUAGUCGGGAGUAAGCUGCUAUUGAAACCGGCUCUUAAAGCGGUGGAAUGGCUCGUCAGGCGAUUCAGGGUUCACCAAAAUAACACUAUGUGCCUGGUACUCGCCUUUCUGCCAUUCCACAACGCUCCGGUAUUCCCUACGAUGCUCUCACUCAUACCCGAAGAUUUAUCACCCACUCUCAGGUUUCUCCACCCCUACGUUCAAGCCCUUGCAAAGCCACCGCGUCACGUAAUCGUACAUGCUGCAUCCACCAACCGCCAAUUCUUCACCGCUAUGAGUGCUUUCGUACUUGAUUCCGGUCACUUAGGUUUCCAAAAUCCCACCUUGGUAUCAUUCUGGGCGUCAGUUGCUACUGAAGCUGUGGCUGCGAUGCUUGACCAGGGUCGCUCCGCUAGACGCGAGGCACAGAAGCAAAACCAAGAAGACAUCGUUCGUUUCUUGUUACCUGUCCUUAAUGAUGGUCUCUCUGUUGAUAAUGUGCCGGACCUUCGGAUGGGAUGCUACAUGAUUCUAACGAUCUUAGCCUCCAAAGCUAGCCUAGAUGAUGGUGUACUAUCUGUAAUGAUGGAAGCGAUCACGUCCGACUGGUCCCAGACUUCACAUGCAGGACUGAUAUGCUUGGGCGUUUUGGCUGAGCAAAAGCGAACAGCCGGUCUACCCGGCAAAACCUUCGAAGCGGUCAUCGCGCUCGAACGCCUUGAUGACGACCUUUUGACACUCAAUAAGCAGUACAAGAUUGACAAGCUUGUUCUAGGUGUCGCGCUUGGUAUUAUUUCAAGACUUAGAAAAGCUCGAGACACAAGCGGGCUGCGGCUUUUGAGAACCUUGAUGGAAGCCAAUGUUAUGAGUGAUGCUUCCAUCAAGGCUGUGGUCAAAUCAGUAAUCUAUGAAGCUCAGACGACGGCGCCAAAUCCGAAUCCAAGGUUCGAUGUGCAAGGGUCGUUGGCAGACCUUGUUCUUCUUAUGUGCGAUUCGAAAGAUGUUGGGGCUGUCAUACACAGCACCAUGGAAGAGUCAAACUUUGACUUGAAAUAUCUGGAAAACAGACUCCGACGGGUAAAUUAUAGCAAAGAGAGCACACCUGAGCAGCUUACUGAAGAUGUGGACAUGGAGAAUGCAGAAGGACAAAUGACGACAGGCGACUUCGAGACUGUAAUGAGCCGAAUCCCAACACGGACAGCCUAUGAGAUAUCUUUUCUGUCACACUCAGACUCCUACGUCUAUGGCAGCCUGGCUCACGCUUUUCUCUCGAUCUACACUUCUACAAUGAACCUAGAAAGGUUUUCUAAUCUACCGGUCCUUCGGAAGUCCCUAGGAAUGACUGAGCCUCUUUUCCUUUCAUUCUUUGUCCGAAUAUGGUGCGGCCAUUGCUCAGCAACAGCGAGAACAGCAGCGAUCCGGACUGUGGUGGAAUACCUCAGGAAGGAAACUCUUACAGCUGAUGUGCAGAUGUUAUUGCCGUACAUACUGUACGCGCUGGCUGAUACGUCUCCCAGCGUUCGCCGCGCAGCCGCAGAACUUGUCUUGGUCCUAGCGCCUGCUUAUAAGAAAACGGCUGACAAGGAAAAUAAAAGUACCAAUCGACCAAUAUUGGGCCAGCAGCAAAUUUAUGGUCAGGGCGGUGAGACUCAAGCAGUGACAUGGCUUUCUAAUAAAGAGACCGACAGCAUCUUGGACCUAAUGGUUCCAGAUCUCGAAGAAUGCAUGCUUGAUGAAAGCCACGUAUCUCAGCUCCUUUCAGAUAACCUCAACGGCCCAAAGCACAGCAAAGGUUCCAACAUUACGCAAAGGGAAUUGAAGAAGUCUCUACGGCUAGCUUUGCUCAGCAGUAUCUGUAGUCAUGUUGUCAAUACACCGCUAUACGCCGUCAAAUCUCGCCUACUUCAGAUGCUAAAUCAGGUGCCCAAGGUGGGCAGCACUUCGCGUACGAAGUUAUUGCUUCCUUUGCUAUUAAACACUUUGAAACGAGGUCAACACGAUUUUGAACGUAUCUGCGACGAGGAGCAGCUUGUAUCAUCGCAGCUACUGGACAGACUGGUCAGCAUCGUUAUACCAGGCGAUCGUGAUGGUAUUCAAACCUUGAAGUCUAUCAUCGAGCCUCUGAAUAACCUAAACUUCCCAAGUCUAAGAGCCGCAGCAUUGCGCCGCCUACAGAUCACUUGGGAAUUCAUCAAAAUCGAUCUCCAAUCCUCGUUGGCAAAAGCUUUGUUUGAGUCAGCUGUUGGCAAUGUAGAAGCUGGGGCAAAUGGCAACCAAGAGGCUGAGUCUAUGGAAACGUUACGGACAUUGCCACUUUCUACUGCUACACUCCGAUCCUUCGUAGAGAAUGUGCCUUCGAUUUUGCCUGCUUUACAGGACGGGGCUCCAGUGUUGAAGCGCAAGCGGACAAGUCACGGCCAUUCGAAUGAUGCUGGCGCCCUCGAUGAACGCAAUCUCGCAUCUGCCAUCCGGCAAAUUACAUUUGUCCUUGAGUUAGUAGGAGAUGCCAAGACUGAACGCCAUCCUGAACUCUUAGGAGGUCUCUCCCAGAUCAUGUGUGACUUACAACAGUCUCGAAGCCAUCCAGCAACAGCCACAGGCUAUCUUCAAGUGCUGGCUAUUGAAGGCAUGCUUGCCAUCGUAAAAAGAGCCGAGGCCCCAACAGGCUUACAGAUUGACCAUGCAUCGGUUCGAUCCGACGUUCUCAUUGACUGCAUCAGGACUACCACAAAUUCUCAAGUGCGCAAUUCUGCUUUACUGCUAGUGUCAGCUCUCGCAAAGUUUAACCCAGAAUUGAUUUUGCACAGCAUUAUGCCUAUUUUUACAUUCAUGGGUGCCAACGUCCUGCGUCAGGAUGAUGAUUUCUCGGCAUAUGUGGUAAAGCAGACCAUGGAAUCAGUUAUCCCAUCUCUGGUACAGUCACUACACAAACGAAAAGAUGGCCCACUUGUGGGUGUCUCCGAGCUUUUACUGAGUUUUGCCGCUGCCUACGAGCAUAUACCAGCCCAGCGACGGCUCGAUCUUUUUGUAUCACUAGUGAACAAAGUUGGUGCUGGCGACUAUCUUUUCGCUUUGACCGCAAUCUUGUUGGACAAGUACCCGAGCGAUAGAAGUGUAGUACAGUUCGCCACUGAUCUUACCAGCCGCUACAGCGUGAAGACGCGCCUCCAGAUGGUGAAACAAUUUUUGGGCUUAAUUGUAGAUGCUCGGAAACCAAAGCCAACCUUUUCCAAGUCUUUACUGCAGCUCGAUGACGUUGACAGAGCUGCUUCAAACUUACUUCCAUUGACUCCUGCAAUCCUCGGCGAUGCGAACCUGAUCUCCAAGGCGUCCAGAAGACUACGCGACGGCGGCGAGGAUGCUGCAAAGAUCCGCGCUCUGUUUGCAAAUAUCCUCGAAGACACGUUCACUCUUUUGGAGCAUUACAGAGGGAACAAGACAUUGAAUGUACUAUGUAUGCAACUUUUAGAUGCAUCCCUAAGAUUACUACCUAUAUCGGAAUUGAUUGAAAGCAUUCAAAGUUUGCUUGCACGAACAGAGAACAACAUCCGCCAACAGGUACUUCGAUCAUUCGGAGAUCGUCUCAAGGACAAAAAGCUCGACUUGAAAGCAUCGCAGGCCGCGUGUCUCGCGUUCCUCCCUCAUCUCGCGUCCAUCAUUAGGGAGUCUGCAGACGUGUCUCUAAAACACACAGCUGUUGUUUGUAUAGAUGGUAUCGCGGAAAUGUUCGGCAAGAAGGAUGUCGCUGCGAUCGUUGCCAGUGCCAGAAUCGUUGCCGGAGACGAAUGCCUGAGGGCAAGCGAAAGCAGUCUCCGAACUAUCUCUAUGUUGUGUCUCGCGACAAUUGUCGAAGUGUCAAGCGAUAGCUUUAUUUCGAUCUUACCGCUCGCUCUUCCUAAGGCAAUGGACAGCUUGGCGACCAGCAUUGGCGAAGAUACAGAAGAUGGUGCCCUGCACAACGCAGUCUACUCAUUUUUUGGCGCUCUCAUCAUUUACGUGCCAUGGAUGGUUACAAGCGCCGAUAUGGACUCUGUGCUGAAGCUAUCAUUUGAGUCAGCUAACGCUGGAAUGAGUGAAGAGUGUAAUCAAAGUCGCAUUGAGGCUUUACGACUCAUGUCUAAAAAGGUGGAAGCGAAGGACUGCUUGGCUGCUUUGGAUAGAACUUUUACGAUUGCAAUGACUGAGGGACCGCUGGCUGUUAAGGAGCAUCUUGAAAUCUUGCGUCUCACAAUCGACCGUCAGCCCAAAUCGAUGAUUGUUCAGCACUCAGAGACGUUGGGUGGCUUGUUUCUAAGAAUUUUUGACUUACGGAGAAUCCAGCUGUCACCACUUACUGGCUAUAGUUAUGACAUGGGGGAGAUUCAAGUAGUCGAAGACGCCGUCAACGAAACCGCAAUCUCUAUGGUCUACAAACUCAAUGACGCAACGUUUAGACCUAUGUUUUCGCGAAUGCUAGAAUGGACCACCUGUCCAACAUCAAAGAAAGACAUGAAAGCUAUGAUUCAUAGGCAGACAAGCUGGUACACUUUCCUUCUCAAGUUCUUUGGCACUCUCAAGUCCAUCGUCACCAGCUACGCAGCUUUCAUUAUAGACGACGCCGUAGAGAUACUCAAGGAUAUCUCCCUGAAUGACGAAGACUCAUUACUUCUAUGGCGACAGGUCAUACUUACUCUCCAAAGCACCUUCGAGCACGACCAAGACGGUUUCUACCAAACCCCCUCCCAUUUCGCAUCGAUUUCGGCCGCGCUCCUGGGCCAGCUUGACAACGCCCAAAAAGCUCCCCUUGUCCUUGAGCUGAUUCCUGCGAUCACUGAGCUGGCGAUCGCCACGGAUUCCGCCACCCACCAUAAGGAGAUGAACGCUACUAUAUUGAAAUGCAUGAGGUCGGAUAGAGCAGCGGUCCGUUUAGCCGCUAUUCAGAGUGAGCGAGCCUUGACGGAGAGGCUAGGAGAGGAGUGGCUAGCAUUACUGCCAGAGAUGCUACCUUUCAUCAGUGAGGCAUUGGAGGAUGAUGAUGAGGCGGUGGAGAAAGAGGUACAGAGGUGGGUAGUGGGGAUCGAAGGGAUACUAGGGGAGAGUCUCGAUCCAAUGCUGCAGUAA